AUUGCGGGUCACCCCCGAAACCGGGUCGGGUCAUGCAUGACCCGGUUCUAAAAACCCUAAAAAAUGAUUUUUUUUAAAUAAAAAAAAACAAAAUGAGACAGAAACUGCCGCUUAUACUCCCUGUACAUGACCCACUUAGUGGGUUUCACUUUUUGUGGUCCAUUUGCGUGGUUCAACUUCUCUGCUUCGUUUGUUUGGGUUGCUGUUCGUGGUCCAAGGUAAGGGCUUCCUUCUUGUUGCUGUUUGGGUUGCUGUUUGUGGUCCAUUCCUUCACUUGUUCUCUCUUUUUUUCUUUGUUAUUCCCUCUACAACUUCCCUCUCUUGCUGCUGUCUAAGUUUCUAUUUAUUGGUACUUGGUAGGCCAUUAAAAAAUGGGUCAUUCAAAAAGAGAGCCCGAUAUCACUUGGAACUAUUGUGAUAGUAUCCCUCCAAAUAGACUCAAAGUAAAAUGUAAGUUUUGUUCUCAUGGUUGUUGGGGUGGUAUUUCAAGGAUGAAACAUCAUCUUGCUGGAACAAAGGAAAAUGUGAUUGCUUGCACAAGUGUUCCGGAUGAUGUGAAGGAAAUAUUUGUCAAGCUCUUGGAAACUAAAGAUAAAAAGAAAGAGGAUUGCUUGAAUAUAGAGAAUGGGACAGUAAAAGGAAAAGAGGGAACAUCUAAAAUUUUCCAACAAAAGACAAUGAAUGAAGUUUGUAAAGAUAGGGAAUUUGUGAUUCAAGAAAUUUGUAAAUGCAUUUAUGGUAAUGCAUUACCAUUUAAUUUGGUAAGGAGUCCUCUUUUUAUUCAAAUGUUGAAGGUUGUUGGAGAAUAUGGGAGAGGUUUGAAGCCACCAACUUAUCAUGAGGUGAGGGUUUCUUUUUUGAAGAAAGCUGUUGACAACAUCCAAAAAAGCUUAGAGAAAUAUAGAAGUGAUUGGGAGAAAUGGGGAUGCACCUUGAUGUGUGAUGGUUGGACGGAUGGAAAAGGAAGAUCACUCACUAAUUUUCUUGUUAACAGUCCAAGUGGGACUGUUUUUUUGAAAUCUAUUGAUACUAGUGAUGUGAUAAAGGAUGGGAAAAAAAUGUUUGAAUUGUUAGACAACAUUGUUGAAGAAAUUGGGGAGGAGCAUGUAGUCCAAGUUGUGACGGAUGGGGCUUCUAAUCUUGUGGCUGCUGGACAAAUGUUAAUGGAGAAGAGAACCAAACUAUUUUGGUCCCCAUGUGCAGCCCAUUGCCUUGAUCUAAUCCUUGAGGACAUUGGAGAGCUUCCGGUAUUCUAUAAUACCAUUGCUAAUGCAAAGAAGAUUACUACCUACAUAUAUAGGCAUACAUGGGUCCUUAAUUUGUAUAGACAAUAUUCCAAUGGAGGGGAAUUAGCAAGACCAGCUGUGACAAGAUUUGCAACUUCUUAUCUUACACUAAAUUGCAUUAAACAACAAAAGAAUGCUCUUAGAUCAAUGUUUGCAUCGGAGGAAUGGGCUACUAGUCCACAUGCUAGUAAAAGUGAGGCUAAGCAAGUCAUGAACCUAGUGUUGAGUGAUGAUAGAUUUUGGAGAUCAAUUACAUAUUGUCUAAAGUGCGUGAUUCCACUUGUGAAAGUGUUAAGGCUUGUAGAUGGUGAUUCAAAGCCAGCCUCACCAUACAUUUAUGAAGCAAUGGAUAGGGCUAAAGAGAAAAUUGCUCAAAACUUUCAAAUGCAAGAGUCAAGGUAUAAAAAAGUGUGGAAGAUUAUUGACACUAGGUGGAAUCUGCAGCUUCAUAGGCCUCUUCAUGCAGCUGCCUAUUAUCUCAAUCCUAGGUAUCAUUAUGACAAGAACUUCAAUCCGGAUAGUGAAGUGUUAAUUGGUUUAUAUGAAACCUUUCAAAGAAUGGUUCCGGAUAUAAGGACAAGAGUUAUAAUAGAUCAACAACUUGAAAAGUUUAAGGGAGCUAAGGAGAUCUUUGGAAUGGACAUGGCAAUAGCUACUAGAGAUAAGAAACAACCGGCUCUUUGGUGGGAGAGUUACGGUGGAAGAGGUAAAGAGUUACAAAAGGUGGCCAUGAGAAUUUUGAGUCUUACAUGUAGUGCCACGGGAUGUGAGAGAAAUUGGAGUACAUUUGACCAAGUGCAUACUAAGAGAAGAAAUCGAUUGGAGCAACAAAGAUUAAAUGCACUUGUAUAUGUCAAAUAUAAUCUUCAACUUGAGAUGAGGCAAAAUAGUAGAGAAGAGAAUGGAGAUACCUAUGAUCCCAUAUGUUUGUCAGAUAUUGAAUCCGAUGAUGAAUGGAUCACCGAAAAGGAGAAUCCUUGCUUGCCUAUUGAUGCCUCAUGGAUGGAUGUACAUGAGUGCUUUGGUGUUGAUGAGGGAGCUCCAAAGAAGAAAAGAAAGAGAGGUCCAAGAAACUUGAAUGCCAAGAUUGGUAAGGGAAAAUCAAUAAUAGAAGAUGAGGAUGAAAUUGAAGAUAAUGAAGAAGAAGAACUUUUGAUAUUAGAAGAUGAAGAUGACUUGAGUGAUGUAGAUCUUGGGGUUGGGGAUGAUGAAUGAUCUUGGAUAGGGGCAUUUUGUAUAGAUUUUU